AUGAGUUCUAUACUAGAACUUGUUACUGUAAAUGGCCGGCCUUUAUCAAUUAUUGAAGAUUCGGGAUUUCAAAGAAUUAUAAAUCCACUCCUUGCUGGGCUCAAUUUAGUUAUAAACAAAGAUAAUUUAUCCAGAACUAUUAAUAAAACAGCCCAAUCAAUUAGAGACAAAAUAUCGAGAGAGGUAGAAGGAAAAUUAAUAAAUGCUGCAUCGAACUGGAAAAAAUAUCCAAACCAUUUUGCUCAAUUACUAUAUUCUUGUCUUAAGAACAGAGAAGAAAGGUUUAUAAAGAACGAAAUUCUCUUAGCUGCCAUAUACCUGGACCCAAGAUACAAGGUAUUACUUAGUGAUGAUGAUAAGAUUUGUGCGAAAAAACAUCUUGUCAAUUUAUGGAGACGAAUUAAAAGCUUAACAACGCCGAUUUUAUCUGAUGAUAUUAGUUCCGAUGAAGUUAUUGAACAAGAAGAUGAUUUAGAGAAAUUGAUACAACUUAAAGAAAGGCAGGAGAAAAUAUUUAAAAGAGGGCCAACGAUUGCUGAGAAAAGUAUUGGAACAAUAAUUACUGGAUUUAGCGAUUAUAAAAGAUUAGAUAAGAAGGAAAAUAUUUUGCAUUUUUGGGAGUCUGCUAAGCUGGAACACCCUGAAUUAUAUAUUUUAUCUAAAAUCUUAUUUGCUGUUCCUGCAACCCAAGUUAGCGUUGAAAGAUCUUUUUCACAUUUGAAAUUCAUUCUUUCACCACAUAGAUCGAGGAUGAGUGAACAACUCUUGGAAGAUAUUAUGCUAAUACGUCUAAAUAAAAUUUUUAAAAUUGAUACAUGACUAUAUGCUUUGUAUUUUUAACUAUA